CUCUCUCUCUGUCUCUCCACUCCGCACGCUCAAAAUUCGGGGCUUUCUUAACUCCUAAUUAUAAGAACAAUGGACUCCUCGUCCCCACGCUUUCUCCUCCGUUCCAAUACCCUAGUCAUGGAUUAAACCCUCUCGCUCUCUCUCCGUCCCUCCCUCCCUCUAUGGGCUCUACCACGGCGACAUCCACGCCCUCCAAAGUGACAGGGUGUAUAGAGGGCCUCCUGUUUGUGCAAAUGAGUUCCUUGUUAGUUCUUCUGUUCUGGGUCCUUACAUAAAAUUUAAUAGGCAGUUGAUAUCCAAUGGCGUUAACAGAGCAGGACAACUGUAACGGGAGAGAAAGGGAUGAUGCACUCUCAGAAAGUGCCAACUUGAAAGGAGGGGCUGCACCCCAAGUAACACAAGUCAAGAAAAAGUUUGAAGGGAAGGAUGCGCUCUUAUAUGCCAACAUCCUUAGAUCUCGUAACAAGUUUGUCGAUGCUCUUGUUUUAUAUAACAGCAUCCUUGAAAAGGAUAACACAAAUGUGGAAGCCCUUAUUGGUAAGGGAAUUUGCCUCCAAAUGCAAAAUCUCACACGACAAGCUUUCGAGAGCUUUAUGGAAGCCAUCCGGCUCGACCCACAGAAUGCUUGUGCUCUCACACAUUGCGGAGUAAUAUAUAAAGACGAAGGUCACCUAUUAGAGGCUGCUGAGUCAUAUCAAAAGGCUCUAAAGGCAGAUCCUUCGUACAAACCUGCCGCAGAAUGUCUGGCUAUUGUAUUGACCGAUCUGGGCACCAGCUUGAAGCUCGCUGGUAAUACAGAAGAGGGUAUUCAAAAGUACUGUGAAGCUCUGAAAAUAGAUGGUCACUAUGCGCCUGCAUACUAUAACCUUGGAGUAGUUUACUCUGAGAUGAUGCAAUAUGAUUUGGCUCUUAGUUGCUACGAGAAGGCUGCCUUAGAAAGGCCGUUGUAUGCAGAAGCUUAUUGUAAUAUGGGCGUCAUUUAUAAGAAUCGUGGGGACUUGGAAGCUGCCAUUGCUUGCUAUGAAAGGUGUUUGACUGUAUCUCCAAACUUUGAAAUUGCUAAGAACAACAUGGCAAUAGCCUUGACUGACUUGGGAACAAAGGUGAAACUUGAAGGGGACAUCAACCAAGGUGUAGCAUACUACAAGAAAGCUUUAUUUUACAAUUGGCAUUAUGCCGAUGCGAUGUAUAAUCUUGGUGUUGCAUAUGGUGAAAUGCUGAAGUUUGAGAUGGCAAUUGUCUUUUAUGAGCUUGCGCUACACUUCAAUCCUCAUUGCGCAGAGGCAUGCAACAACCUAGGUGUAAUUUACAAGGAUAGGGAUAAUCUUGACAAAGCUGUGGAAUGCUAUCAGAUGGCUUUAUCAAUUAAACCGAAUUUCUCACAGUCAUUGAACAACCUGGGAGUUGUUUAUACUGUCCAGGGUAAAAUGGAUGCCGCGGCAAGCAUGAUUGAGAAGGCCAUUGCUGCAAAUCCUACAUAUGCGGAAGCAUAUAAUAACUUAGGGGUACUUUAUAGAGACGCUGGCAAUAUUACUUUGGCUAUAGAAGCAUAUGAGAAAUGUCUUCAGAUAGACCCUGAUUCACGUAAUGCCGGUCAGAAUCGAUUGCUUGCAAUGAACUAUAUAGAUGAGGGCUCAGAUGAUAAGCUUUUUGAAGCUCACAGGGAAUGGGGAAGACGUUUUAUGAAGCUAUAUCCACGGUUUACUAGUUGGGAUAAUGAGAAAGAUAUGGAUCGUCCACUUGUAGUUGGUUACAUAUCCCCAGAUUAUUUUACUCAUUCUGUGUCCUACUUCAUCGAGGCACCUUUAUCACACCAUGACUACUCGAAUUACAAGGUUGUAGUGUACUCUGCAGUUGUGAAGGCAGAUGCCAAGACCCUUAAAUUCAAGGACAGGGUGUUGAAGAAGGGUGGAUUGUGGAGAGAUAUAUAUGGUGUCGAUGAGAAGAAAGUAGCAAGUAUGGUAAGAGAGGAUAAAGUUGACAUACUGGUAGAACUUACUGGUCAUACUGCGAAUAACAAGCUAGGGACUAUGGCAUGCCGACCGGCUCCUAUUCAGGUAACUUGGAUCGGCUACCCUAAUACAACGGGUUUGCCUACAAUUGAUUAUCGAAUUACAGACUCAUUUGCUGAUCCGCCUAAUGCAAAGCAAAAAAACAUUGAAGAGUUGGUGCGCCUCCCUGAAUGUUUCCUAUGCUACACCCCUUCUCCCGAAGCUGGGCAAGUCUGUCCAACACCAGCUCUUUCGAAUGGUUUCAUUACUUUUGGGAGCUUUAAUAAUUUAGCAAAGAUUACACCCAAAGUUUUGCAAGUUUGGGCAAGAAUACUAUGUGCAGUUCCAAACUCCCGACUCGUGGUGAAGUGUAAACCCUUCUGUUGUGAUAGUGUGAGACAGAGGUUUCUCACAAUAUUAGAGCAAUUGGGGCUUGAACCCUUGCGUGUUGAUUUGUUGCCUUUGAUUCUUCUCAACCAUGACCAUAUGCAGGCUUAUUCUCUGAUGGAUAUCAGCCUGGAUACAUUUCCAUACGCUGGAACAACGACAACGUGCGAAUCUUUAUUUAUGGGAGUCCCUUGUGUUACAAUGGCUGGUUCAGUACACGCCCAUAAUGUUGGCGUGAGUCUUCUCACUAAAGUUGGACUUGGACGUUUGAUUGCCAAAACUGAAGAUGAAUACGUCCGAUUAGCAUUGCAGCUAGCAUCCAACGUCUCUGCCCUACAAGACCUGAGAUUGACCCUCCGUGAUCUCAUGCUGAGAUCACCCGUAUGCGAUGGAACAAAGUUCGUCCGCGGAUUAGAGUCCACAUACAGGAACAUGUGGCACAGAUACUGUCGUGGUGACGCCCCUGCUCUCAAAAGAAUGGAAUUAUUUCAGGAAAAAACCGAAUUAAAUAUUUCCGUAGUAGAAAAUCACCCCACAACAAUGAAAGCUAACGGCACAAAUAUUUCCAGCUACGAGGAAAAUGGACACUAAUUUAGAGUCAAAGUGGCUCAUAAUAUCUCAUACUGUAGAAAAGAAAUGCGGCAAGAAGCUUCAGGAUUACUACGAAUUGAUUGCCCGUAGCUGAUGAUAUUUGAUCUGUUCUAAUCUACGUCAAUGAGUUUAAUUCAUAUGCCAAAGAUUGGUGUUUAUUCUAGCAAUGAUAUUCAUGGGGAGUCUUAGAUUCAUGGUGGUGGUGCUUUAAUAUUUUUUUAUUUUGGACUAGGUGGAGAGAAACCCUCUUGUUUGUGGGUAUUGGUAAGGUUUAGAGGAUAAUUAUACUUAUAGCUAUAUGUAUUUAACUGUGCCAUCUCCGAUUCGAGAAAGGGGACAUGUACCGGGUUUGUAAAGUUAGAAAAAUAGAUGGAAAAAUCUCUAGUCUGAGCCAUUUCUACCUGUUCGAAUUGGAUAAUCUUGUCUAUUUACUGUUACCUAACUGUCUUAUUAUCAUUUUGCAUGCUUACAAGUAUACAAGUGGAAAUUGAUCAUUUUGCCAUAA